AUCUGAGCAUUUUGCUGAGGUAUCGCAACCCACCAUAUAUACCCUUUUUCAUUUUACACUGUGUGAGUUUGGCAGUGUGUCCUUUUCGUCCGCCCGGUGUGUCGUGGUCGUCUUCCUCCUCUCAACAGGUUGUGAACCUCUAAACGCCAAGAUGUCUGAGAAAAAGUUGACUUCCAGCCGCAGGCAUCACCUGAAGAGUCUGAUCCUCUCCAUCGCUCAGAACUGGCUCCAGCAGGAGGAAAAAGACAACAAAGCUGCGAAGGAGGCCUACAUGGCCGAGCACUGUCCUGCCCCCGACAUGAGCGGAGACCAGGCCGCCCUGAUGGAAACCUGCAAGAAGCUGCACGCCCUCAUCGACACGGUGGACGAGGAGCGGUACGACAUCCACGCCAAAGUGCAGAAGGCCGACAAAGAGAUUGAAGACCUGAAGAUCAAAGUCGUGGAUCUGAGAGGAGUGAAGAAACCGGCUCUGAAGAAAGUGCGUAUGUCCGCCGACAGCAUGCUGAAGGCUCUGCUGGGCUCCAAACACACCGUCAACAUGGACCUGAGGGCCAACCUGAAGCAGGUGAAGAAGGAGACCAAAGAAGAGCCGGUAGAAGCUGCCGGUGAUUGGCGUAAGAACAUCGAGGACAAGGCCGACAGGAAGAAGAUGUUCGAGUCCGCCUAAAGGCGUCGCCGCUGCUUGUCUUUCUGUGUAUAUGAACUCCACGUGUCUUACGUGUGUUGGUUGAACCAGACGGUCGUUUGGUGUCUCGAUGAGUCACAGCAGCGUGUCUGAGGAGAGUCGCUGCGCAGGAUAUUGAAAGGUGUUUAUUUGUAUGUUUUUUUUGGCUGGCUUUUUUUUCUGGCGUUUUGUUAGUCUGGCGGGGAGGAGGAGGAGGUUCACGCACCAACACACCAAGUCUCCACACAUUCAGGGAAACAUUCACACCAGCUGAGCCAUGAUGGUCAGAAACAAUAAAAUCAAAUGUGGAAGGAAAA